UUGUGUCCUAAAGUCUUUCUGGUAGUUCAUGGUUGGUGCCUUCCUCGGAAACCUUAGAUCUCACUGAAGUUCGCCGUAGCCGCCGCCGCCGCCGCCGAUAGCUUUGAGAUCUUUGGAUUCGAUUUCUUAUUGUCCAGGACUUUUGGAAGUAUCGAAAGAUGCCUAGCCCUGUGGAUGUGUCUCAAAAUGGGAAUGCAAGACAAGCGGAAGCUGCUCCAUCCUUGUUUGAAAUCGAGGAAGAUUUGGCCAGAUUGCUGGAAAGGCCAAGACAGGUUAAUAUUGAAAGGAAGAGGUCGUUCGAUGAAAGAUCUUUCAGCGAAAUGUCAAUGACUCAUUCACCGCCACGUCAGGUAUACAAAAAUUCGGAGAACUCUUCUCGUGUUUUUGACAAUAUGGUUGGAGUGUAUUCACCAGGAAGGUGGUCCGGCAUACACACACCCAGAUCAACCUUCGGAUAUGAACCGCAUCCUAUAAUAGGCGAAGCAUGGGAAGCUUUGAGGCGUUCUAUUGUUAACUUCCGAGAUCAACCUGUGGGAACUAUUGCUGCUAUAGAUAAUUCUGCUGAGGAACUUAACUAUGAUCAGGUUUUUGUCAGAGAUUUUGUCCCCAGCGCUUUGGCAUUCUUGAUGAAUGGUGAACCUGAUAUAGUGAAGAACUUUCUUUUGAAAACCUUGCGCCUCCAAUCUCGGGAGAAGAAGAUAGACCAGUUCAAGUUGGGGGAUGGAGUUAUGCCUGCAAGUUUUAAAGUAUCUCAUGAUCCUGUUAGGAACUAUGAGACUAUAACUGCUGAUUUCGGUGAAAGUGCUAUUGGUAGAGUUGCUCCUGUUGAUUCAGGGUUCUGGUGGAUUAUACUACUUCGUGCAUACACAAAGUCUACAGGGGACACUUCUUUGGCUGAGAUGCCAGAAUGCCAAAGGGGUAUAAGGCUGAUUCUUGAAUUAUGUCUUUCUGAAGGAUUUGAUACAUUCCCAACCCUGCUGUGUGCUGAUGGAUGCUCUAUGAUUGAUCGCAGAAUGGGUGUCUAUGGUUAUCCCAUUGAAAUACAAGCACUUUUCUUUAUGGCCUUAAGAUGUGCCUUGUUUCUCCUUAAACACGACGAAGAAAACAGAGAGUGUUGUGAUGCAAUAAUUAAACGCCUUCAUGCUUUGAGCUUUCACAUGAGAAGUUACUAUUGGCUCGAUAUAAAACAACUGAAUGAUAUAUACCGCUACAAAACGGAAGAGUACUCUCACACCGCAGUAAACAAGUUUAAUGUGAUGCCAGAUUCCCUUCCGGAGUGGGUUUUUGAUUUCAUGCCAACUCGUGGUGGUUACUUCAUCGGAAAUGUUAGUCCUGCUCACAUGGACUUCCGUUGGUUUUGUUUGGGUAACUGUAUUUCAAUCUUGUCAUCUUUGGCUACACCUGAGCAAGCUUCCGCCAUAAUGGAUCUCGUUGAAUCAAGAUGGCAAGAGCUAGUUGGAGAAAUGCCACUGAAAAUCUGUUAUCCCGCUAUGGAAGGUCAUGAAUGGAGAAUUGUAACAGGAUGCGAUCCUAAAAACACUAGUUGGAGUUACCACAAUGGUGGAACUUGGCCAGUUCUUCUGUGGCUCCUUACUGCAGCAGCUAUCAAGACUGGUCGACCCCAAAUAGCACGACGGGCCAUUGAACUAGCUGAAUCGCGUUUACUAAAAGAUAGCUGGCCAGAGUAUUACGAUGGGAAGCUUGGUCGAUUUAUCGGAAAGCAGGCCCGUAAGUUCCAGACAUGGUCCAUUGCUGGUUACUUGGUAGCUAGAAUGAUGCUGGAAGAUCCAUCUCAUUUGGGUAUGAUAUCACUUGAAGAAGAUAAACAGAUGAAGCCUACCAUGAAAAGAUCUGCUUCUUGGACUUGUUAAUAUCCUUGUACACAAUUUUUCUUUCGAAUGCCAUGUUUUUUUUUCUUUUUCUUUUUUGCAAUUCGUAAACAUUCUCUUUUAGUUUGUCGCAAAAAUGUUGAAUUUUCUAUGAAUUGGCUACGAGAUUGUACACUUCCUUCGUUUUUUCCAAUUAAUCUGGUUUUC